CCGCCGCCCACGAAAAUGGCUGCGCUCGCGAUCCUCCUCCGCCACAGCCGCCGCGCCUGCGCCCGCGCCCACGGCACCACCCUCUCCCGUGCGCUCUCCACCACCUCAGCUGGCACCGAGCCCGGCGCCCUCUCGGUGUCCGACGCCACGCGGCGCCUCCGCCGCGAGCACGAUCCGGACCGCGCGGUCUCCAUCCUGGAGGCUAUCGACAAGGCCUCCAUCUCCGCCGCCUCCACACGCCACGCGCUCUCCCUGGCCGCGCGCCGCCUCUCCCGCUCCGGCCGCUCCGCCGACGUGGAGGCGCUCCUCUACUCCCAUCUCCCCGCGUCCACCACCGAGCCCCACCUCGCCGCCGUCCUGUGCUCCUACGCCUCCGCCAACCUCCCCGAGAAGGCCCUAGAGGCCUUCCGCUCCGCUGCGCCGUCCCUCCCGACCCCCAUCUCCCCGCUCCCCUUCAACGCCCUCCUUUCCACCUUCAUACGAUGCCGCUGCCACCGCCGCGUCCCUGUCCUCUUCUCCGAGCUCUCCAAGGAGUUCUCCAUCACCCCCAACGCCACAUCCUAUGGCAUCCUUGUCAAGGCCUACUGCAUGACCCGCGACGAUGUUAAGGCGAAACAAGCCUUGGAUCAACUGCGUGAGCAAGGUAUCUCGCCGACCACCAAUAUCUACACCUCACUGAUCGAUUCAAUGUAUAAGCAGAAGAAGACUGAGGAAGCUGAGCACUUGUGGAAGGAGAUGGUCGAGAGUGGAUGCAAGCCCGAUGUGGCAGCUUACAAUGUGAAGGCCAUGAACUAUGGACUGAAUGGGAAGCCGGAAGAGGUACUGGAGGUGAUGAUGGAGAUGGAGGCAGAUGGAGUGAAGCCAGACACCAUCACCUACAAUUUCCUUAUGACUAGCUAUUGCAGGAGUGGAAAAUUGGAGGAUGCCAAGGUUCUGUACCAUUCACUAGCUGAGAAGGGGUGCUCCGCGAAUGCUGCUACGUACAAGCACAUGUUGGCAGCGCUGUGUGCCCAUGGUGACUUUGAUGCUGGGUUGGGCAUUGCCAAGGAAAGCUUGAAGAGGCACAAGGUGCCAGAUUUUAAGACAAUGAAAGGGUUGGUUGAGGGAUUGGCAAAGGGAGGUAGGGUGGCUGAGGCCAAGGAGAUUAUUGCCGAGGUGAAGAAGAGGUUCCCAGAGAAUUCGAUGUCUGGGUGGAAGAAGCUUGAGAAGGAACUUGGGUUGGACUCGGAUAGCAGAGACACUCAGUCAAAAGGUACAUCUGGAGAAACUGCUGUGGAGUCAAAGUCUGUUGCUGCAGACGCACAUGAGCUGGAAGGAUCUGUCAUUGAGGAAACUGCUGUAUCAGAAGAAUCCAGUGAUGAUGAAGUGCCUGUGCCUGAGGUAUCCUCUAGUAAGGAAGUGCCACAAGGUCCCGCUUAAGUGGGUAUUAUCAUGUUUGUCGAGUUUAAUGUGUUUAGGAUGUUUGCAUUGGGCACAUUCUCUACGUUGAGUAAUUGUGAUGCUGCUCUGUGGAUGUAAACAUAGGCCUUUCAGAUACAGACUCGUGAACUGCUAACAUGAAUAAUAAGUUAUUGGACGUGCUGGCUUUUGGGAUGAAAAGAUGCCUGUUAAGGUGGUCUGUAAUGAUGUUUUUUUAUAAGGGCUUGAAUGAUGUUAAGAGGCUAUUGUUCUGGUGAUGCUUAUCUGACAUUAUGAGCACAUAUAUUUCACGGUUUUCUUAA